GUCUGUGUGAAUGUGGGCGCCCGGAGGACGCACAAGAAAGUCCUUCCUCGCUUUCAGCCACCAUGUUUUCUCCUUCCUCCCUGAGCUGGAUGCUGCUGAUCUGGUUUACAGGCUCUGCAGUGUCAGAACUGACAGUGACAGGAGUGGUUGGUCACAAUACCGUUGUGCCCUGCUCUUACCGUGUUGCAAGGGAUGCGGACAUCACAACGAUGUGCUGGGGCCGUGGCCCCUGCCCUUCUUCAAAAUGUUCAAACACUAUUAUCUGGACAAACGGGUGGCAGGUGACAASGCAGCGCUCCAAGAAGUACCAGCUGAGAGGGAACCUGCGACGGGGAAACGUGUCCCUCACAAUAGUGGACGCGCAGGAAUCGGACAGCGGGACGUACUGCUGCCGCGUGGAGAUCCCAGGGUGGUUCAAUGAUCAGACAACUAAUUACAGGGUUGUGAUUAAGAAAGCUAGGACCACUACUCCAAGUCCUCACACUCACACCUCUGAACAGACCUCAGCUCCUUGGACUGCCAGUGACUCAUCCCUUACUGUCACAACGACAUGGCCACUUGCUUCUCCAUCAGAAGAUCCUCAGACUGUCUACGAUCCCUCUUUAAUCACCAGUUUCUUCUCAGACUGGUCAGAUAUAACCACAGACUUGCAGAAUGCGUCUGUAUCGGCUCACAGCGCACAGCAUUCGGAAAAAGGGAUCUACGUGGGGAUUGGCAUAUCUGUGGUGCUUCUUGUCAUCUUUGUUUUGGCUCUGUUUCUCGGUAGACAUUAUUUACACAAUAUGAAGAAACUGAACAACUUUCCCAACUCUGUCAUAUUUUGGAGAUCUGAGCGUGAAGGGAAUCAAAAUGGCCUAGAAGUUGAGGUGCAYGCAGAGGAAAACAUUUAUACAAUACAUUAAGGAAUGCACUCGUGCUUGCCUUUUUCAUCACUGGGACAUUAAAUAGUUUGCAAAAUGUUAGUUGCUCACUAAACUCAGCAGCUAAAUGUGAAUGGCUGACUGACAUAAUUGACUUCAUUCUAAUAAAGCAAAA